GCGCCUAUCGUUUGGGCGCUCGGCCUGGCCGAAAAGGACCGAGAGGUCCUCGCGGGCUGCCGGCUCCUCCGCCAGAGCCGACCUUCGCCGACGGACCUGUUCGGGCUCCUGCGCUUCGGCUUCGUGGACGUCGUCGCCUGCCCGAUCGACAUCAAGUUCGGGGCCUGGGGGGACAUGCUUCGGCCCGCCAUCGAGUCCGUCGUGCGCAGUUGGAUCGUGUCUCGCCAG